GCUGCCCCUCGUUCAGCCUUCCCGGGGCAGGCACGUGGCUGGAGCCCCGACACGGACACGGAUGUUCCUGGAUUGUUCGCUUCCCGACCCCUCUGCUGCACCCUGACGGAGCCGGGGGGACACAGGGAGCCAGCGACAGCAGCUGCUGGGGCACUGCUCACCCCGGUGCGGGUGGGCACAGGUUGGGCCAUGUGUGGCAUCCACCCGUCCCUCACCAGGGCUCCGGUGCCACCGCAUUGCUGCUGGGGAGCACAGAGCCACCGCCCCGCAGGACGUGAGCACCGCCCGGCCUGCGCUCGCUCUGGGAGCUGACAGCUGUAUUUAUGGAUUGGGUGGAAAACCAGAGGGUUUGGUCAAACGUCCCACAGGCCCCGGGCCUGCCCCUGCCCGCGGCGCGGACACGUCACGGACACGCCCGUGGGCCUGCGAAUGGUCAGCCAUGGAGACAGCCUGGGUGGGACACGGCUCGGGGGGUGGGCUGCCUUGGUGAGGGCGACAGCCAUGACCCGACUCAGCCACCACUCGCCAUACAAGCCCCUCUCAGCAUCUCUGGCCAUGAUUCCCCUGUCAAUGAACCCCCCUGGCGAUGAUGUCCCCGGCAACCAGCGCCCUUGGCCAUAUUCCCCCAAACCAUGAGCCCCCUUCCCCCAUCCCAUUGCCCACCCACCCACGCCGUGCAGGCACCGUGGGGACCCAGCUGUGCGCUGGUCAGGGGCACAUGGAUGCUCCCCUGGAGCAUCAUCGGGGAAGGGGUCCCGGGGUGUCCCCCGGUGUCUCAGCCGUGGGCUGUGCGGCGCUCUGCACAGAUACCGACUCUAUUUAAGGAAACCCGACCCGAACUGGCCCCCGGGGCUUGCGGCGGCGGCGGGGCCGGGCCGGGGGCGGGGGCGGGGGGUGCGCUGAGCGCGGCGGGUCCCAGCCCGCCCCUUCCCCGCCCGCCGCCUCCGCCAUGGGCGCCGCGGGGCCGCUCUGCGCCCUCCUCCUGCUGCUGGGCAUCGGGACCGGCACCGGGACCGGCACCGGGACCGGCACCGGGCCAGCCCCACCGCGCCUGGUACUCGCCCUCCUGGCCCGGAACGCGCAGCACUCGCUGCCGCACUGCCUGGGAGCCCUGGAGCGCUUGGACUAUCCCGCGGGCAGCAUCGCCCUGUGGUUUGCAACAGACCACAACUCGGACAACACGACGGCAAUGCUGCAGGAGUGGCUGGGGGCGGUGGGGAAGGACUAUCACUCGGUGGUCUGGAAGGUGCAAGAGGAGCCCAGGUGAGGCUGGCUCCUACCCUGAUGAGCUUGGUCCCAAGCACUGGAGUGACAAACGCUAUGAAAACAUAAUGAAGUUGAAGCAGGAAGCUCUCACCUAUGCCCGGGAGCAGCAGGCAGACUACAUCCUGUUCAUGGACACUGACAGUGUCCUAACCAACAACCAGACCGUCAAGUUUCUCAUGGCACAGAACAAGUCAGUGGUGGCCCCCAUGCUGGACUCGCAGACCUUCUACUCCAACUUCUGGUGUGGCAUCACACCCCAGGGAUUCUAUCGCCGGACCCCUGACUACUUCCCCACCAAGAACCGGCAGCGGGUGGGCUGCUUCCGUGUCCCCAUGGUCUAUGCCACCUUCCUGAUUGACCUGCGCAAGGAGGAGACCUUGCAACUGGCUUUCUACCCGCCCCAUCCCAACUACACCUGGGCCUUCGAUGACAUCAUUGUCUUUGCCUACUCCUGCCAGGAGGCUGGCGCAGAGGUCCAUGUGUGCAACCAGCAGCGCUUUGGUUAUAUCAAUGUUCCUGUGAAGGCCCACCAGACGCUGGAGGAUGAGCAUGCCAACUUUGUGCAUCUCACGCUGGAGGCCAUGGUGGAUGGUCCCCCCAUGCAGCGCUCCAGGCACAUUUCUCUCAUGCCCAGGCCGCUCACAAAAAUGGGCUUCGAUGAAAUCUUCCUAAUCAACCUGGUGCGGAGGCCAGACCGGCGGCAGCGAAUGCUGGCAUCCCUGCAGGAGCUGGAGAUCAUUCCACGGGUGGUGGAUGCUGUGGAUGGCAGCACCCUCAACAGCAGUGACAUCAAGGUGCUGGGAGUGGACCUGCUACCCGGGUACUAUGAUCCCUUCUCCGGCCGCACACUCACCAAGGGCGAGGUUGGCUGCUUCCUCAGCCACUACAAUAUCUGGAAGGAGAUCGUGUCCCGGGGGUUGGAGCAGUCAGUGGUCUUCGAGGAUGAUGUGCGCUUCGAGGCCGCCUUCCCAGCACGGCUGCAGCGGCUAAUGGAGGAGCUGGAGCAGGCACAGCAGGACUGGGACCUCAUCUACCUGGGGAGGAAACAGGUGAACGACGAGGAUGAGGCACCUGUGAAAGGCGUGCGGAACCUGGUGGUGGCCGGGUACUCAUACUGGACACUGGCCUACGCCAUCUCCCGCCAUGGGGCACAGAAGCUGCUGGCCACAAAACCACUCUCCAAAAUGCUGCCGGUGGAUGAAUAUCUGCCCAUCAUGUAUGACAAGCACCCCAACGAGGAUUACAAGCGGCACUUCUCCCCACGGGACUUGCUGGUGUUUUCAGCUCACCCCCUCCUGGUUUAUCCCACUCACUAUGCUGGAGACAGCAACUGGCUGAGUGACACCGAGACUUCCACCAUCUGGGAUGAUGAUGCCAAGAAGACUGACUGGGUUGGCUCACAGAAGACUCUGAGAGACUCACGGGGCAGUACUGGCCACCUCCGCUCCACGGCCCGUGACGAACUCUGAUGGGAUAGGGAGUGUGAUCCAGCUGGGACCACCGUGGGCAAGGACCUUACACUGCCCAUUCCCACUCAGGAGAUGCAGCUGCCCUGGACAGAGACCCAGAGGGUUCUUUGAAUCUGCAUGUGAUGAAUCCACCCAAAGCAGGAUUUGCCCCAGGAAAGCCUUUCCCUGCCAAGGGGGGACACCAGAGGAGCGCUGUGCUCCAUCUCUGCUGAGGACACAUCUCCAGGACAGUCUCAAGUGAUCCCAACUCUGUCGUCUCACACCAGCCUGGACUUUGGGGAGUGGACUUUGGGCUGGCACCCAUGGCGGCCUCCUGCCACUGACCGGGCUUGUCCCUCAUGCUGUGCCUGGGUGGAAGCCCAGGGAGGAUUAAAGCUGACUGAGCUGAA